AUGUCCGAUAAAAGCAAAAAUACCCCAGACAUGUCGCUUCUGGAGUCCGCACAGAAGAUUAAGGAUGAGAAACAUAUCGAUUUUACCCUGGGAUCUGUCGAGGAAUACAAGUUUUAUCCAGACAGCCCCAAGAACCACAAACACAAGUAUGAAUGGGCAAAUAAGAUGCCAUCCAAGUUCUACGACCCAUGUGAGGAAAGUAGACAAGCAUCCAUUGCUUGUGUCUUGCGUAAUCAGGUCGAUAAAACUGUUUGUCAGGACUUCUUUGAUGCCUACAGAGAAUGCACCAGAGACUUCUUUGCAAAGAAGAAAAAGGAUAGACAAGAGGGCAGAGGUGGUUGGGGAUUUUGGUAG